CUGGCCCAAGCCGCAGGGAUGGUCAUCAUCACUCCAUCAACAGCAGAGGAGCGCCAUGUGCCUGCGGACAGAACGUUCAGCAAUCUAGCUCGUCUGACACAUCUGCAAAUCGAGCAAUUCCAUAUUCUCCUCUCCCUCAAAUUUCCCGCGCCCCGCUGACCUCCCCGGCACUCCAACCCAAGAUCCUGCCUGCUCCAUCGCCGGCACGCCCCACAACCAGCGUAGUCACAGCUUGCGACGCAACGAUCGAAUGGGUACGCCGGCGGCCGGCGGGUGGAGGUUGCCGUCGCGGGGCCGGAGCAGCAGCAGCAAGCUGACACAGCGGGCCAUCAACAACAUCAGGUUCGCCCUGCUCUGCGCCUUCGUCACGCUCCUCGUCCUCCGCGGCACCGUCGGCGUCAGCCGCCGCCUCGUCUACAUCGCCGGCUCCCGCCGCGCUCCGUCCGGCACCAACAAGGUCGUCGAGGACAUGGAGCGCACCCUCCGCGAGAUCCGCGCCGACUCCGACCCGGACCCCGAAGACGGCGGCAGCAGAGCGGCGACCACCACCCCGGUGGCCAGGUACUACGACCGCGGCAGCGCGUGGUCGACGCAGAACUACAGCCUCGGGCCCCGGGUGACGCGCUGGAACGCCAAGCGCCGGCGGUGGCUGCACCUGAACCCGGGGUUCCCGUCCCGCGACGCGCGCGGCAACCCACGGGUCCUGCUCGUCACGGCCUCGCCGCCGGGGCCCUGCGACACCCCCGGCGGCGACCACUUCCUGCUCAGGGCCACCAAGAACAGGAUGGACUACUGCCGCCUCCACGGCAUCGAGUACGCGCACGCCAUGGCGCGCCUCGACGCGGAGCUCACGGGCGGCUGGGCCAAGCUCCCGCUGCUGCGGCGCCUCAUGCUGGUGCACCCGGAGGUGGAGUGGCUGUGGUGGAUGGACGGCGACGCGCUCGUCACCGACAUGGGGUUCGAGCUCCCGCUGGCGCGCUACGAGGGCACCCACCUCGUCGUCCACGGCAACUCGCACCUCCUCUUCCAGCAGCGCUCCUGGGUCGCCGUCAGCACCGGCAGCUUCCUGCUCCGGAACUGCCAGUGGUCGCUGGAGCUGCUCGACGCCUGGGCCGUGAUGGGGCCGAGAGGCCGCGCCCGCGACGACGCCGGGAGGCUGCUGACGGCGACCCUCUAUGGCCGCCCGGCGUUCGAGGCCGACGACCAGUCGGCGCUCAUCCACCUGCUGCUUACCGAGAAGGAGCGGUGGAUGGACAAGGUGUACCUCGAGAACGAGUACUACCUGCACGGCCUCUGGGCGGGGCUGGUCGGCAAGUACGAGAAGGUGAUGGAGAAACACCACCCGGGGUACGGCGACGACCGGUGGCCGUUCGUCACGCACUUCGUCGGGUGCAAACCUUGCAGCGGCGGCGGCGGAAGGUCCAGAAGGGGCGGCGGCAACUCCAGCGAUGAGUACCCGCCGGAACGUUGCGUCAGUGGCAUGGAGCGCGCCUUCAACUUCGCCGACAACCAGGUGCUCCGGCUGUACGGCUUCCGGCACGAGUCGCUGGCGAGCUCCGAUGUCAGGCGGGUGACGAACCGGUCGGCGAACCCGCUGGAGGCCAAGGAGGACGCUCUAUCUUUCUUGAAGAAACCCAAGGACCCGGUUGUCCAGAGCCAUGAUGUACGCAAAAAUCGAAAGCGCAAAGGGAAAAAGGACUCUGUUCUUGCAAGAGUCCUGAAGAGACUAGGAUGGAGAUCUGAGUUUUGAUCUUUUUUGUGUGUGUUUUGAAUAUUCUAGCAGUUCAUUUUUGCAGUUGCUAGAGGCUGGUUACUUGUUUUUGUUCUGGGUUCAAUACGAAUGAAUUGGACCAA